ACGCGUGGGGGCGCGAAAAGCGGGUUUUGGGGAGGUUGUCGUUUUUUUUCUGGUGGAGUUUGGAGCUGUGAAGGAAGUUCCUUUCGGUUUCGAAAGGGAUGGGACCUGUUCUCCGAAGGGGUGGGACGACCGGCAGUGAGAGACUUGGAUCUUUCAGAGACUUGCGGGGUAUUCUAAGCGCGUGAUACUAAUUCAUAUUAUAUCAUUCCCAGAGGGAUGGAAAAGACAUGAAAUUAUGACCUACGCUGCAUCUCUUUUCAUCUUCCCCUUGGAAACCUACAUCAUUCCAUGCCAUCAGCUUUUGGGCUCAGCUUCCCGCCUGUCUGCGCGCUGACAGACAGCGCUCGCUCCGCUCGACGAACGCCAUGGGCGCGGGAGGCUCGAUCCCAAUUUCCCCGGCGGGGGGAAAGAUCGUGGAACCCUCUGAGGAGGAGAUCAAAGAGAUGGCCAAGAACAUUCCUCCGGAGAUGUUGGAGGUCCUGAAGAAAGUGGUCGCUGCCAAGGAGGCUGGAGGGGGCCCUCCAGCUUCAAGCGGGAAGAUGUGGACGCCCAUCAAAAGCUUGGGCAACUCCAAGGAGGCCACCGACAUGAAGCGGGCGAUGUUCAUGUGGGAUGAGGAGACUGCGAAGGAGGCGCUGGGCCAGCUCUUUGAGGGCAAGAAGGAGAUGCCGCAGAUGAAUGGCGCGACCCUCGUGAUGGAGGAGGUGAAAUGGGCCAACGAGGAGGAGGCCAAGAAGUUUGGGAACGCUUUGAAGAGUUGCGCCACCGCUUGGAUGUGGGAGCAAAAGGACGCUGACGUGCCCUUCGAUCCCACGACCUCCGUGGAGAAGAAGGAGGAGUCCGAGUGGCUCCGGUGUUCUCCGUCUGGACGGAUGGAACGGAGUCUGCCGACUGAGAGGACAAGGAGAUGCUGUUGAAGCACUGUGUUUACCUGUGGGAUGAGAAAACGAUGGACGCAUUUCUGGAGAAGCUUGGGGUGAAGAAGGUGGGAAAGCCGGGCAAGGUCCUAAUGGACAACUCGGACCGUUUGGAGGUGUUGGAUAUGGAUGACUCGGACAAGGUCCUCGAGAAGUUGCAGGCGGAGGGCGUUCUGUUCUUCAAGGAGGUCGUCAAGUUUGCCAGCAAACCUGAGUGAGGAAGACUGUGCGUUGCGGCUGAAGCUGCGGAAUGCAGCUCUGUGCGGUCGAGGGGUCUCUGAAGCUGAGCAAAAAAGCAAUUGUGCCUCUCGGACGGG